AUGAUCAACGCCGUGCUCGUCUUCAACAAUACCGGGCAAGCGCGCCUUACCAAGUUCUACACAGAAAUUGAUACCCAAACAAAACAAUCUCUCAUUGCACAGAUCUACGACCUAGUCGCCCAACGUCCAGCAAGCGCUUGCAACUUCCUCCCUCUCCCUCCCCUCCUCGCGCGUGGUGCCCGCUCCAGCGCAGCUCUUGGUCCCUCGGACGCUCCUACACAAAUCACCUACCGGACAUAUGCUACGCUUUCAUUCAUCAUGAUCUCCACAUCCACCGAGUCCCCGCUUGCGCUUAUCGACCUGAUCCAGGUUUUUGUCGAAGCUUUAGACCGCGUCUUCGAGAACGUCUGCGAACUGGACCUUAUCUUCGGCUACGAAACCAUGCACGCUGUACUGGCUGAGAUCAUUGUUGGAGGUAUUGUGGUGGAAACGAAUAUUGAGAAGAUUGUUGGGGGUGUAAAGAUCCAGGAAGGGGAUUAUGGGAAAAGGAAGGCUAUACAGGCAGCGAGUUCGAGUGUUGGGCGGGGUGCAUUUCCGGGGCUGGGAGCGUGGCGGUGA